AUGUUGGCUGAUUUUCCUAAUAAAUAUUUUGGGAUUAUGCUGACUCAAGGAAGUGUGAGAUCAAACCAUGUUUGGCAGAUAGUUGAAAUGAUGCAUGAAAGUUUAGCAGGAUGGAAGGGUAAAGUUCUAUCUUUUCAAGAAAGACUCAUAUUAGUAAAGCAUGUUCUUGGAAGCUAUCCCAUUUACUCAAUGUCAGUGUACAAGUGGCCUAAGAGGGUCAUUAGGGAGUGUGAAAAAAUAAUGAGGAAUUUUUUGUGGUCAGGGGACCCUUCUACAAAAAAGAUGGUUACUCUGCAAUGGAAUAAAACAUGUUCUCCAUUUAAGGAAGGUGGUCUUGGUAUAAGAAAAAUGGAGACCAUCAAUAAAGCUCUCUUAAUGAAGUUACUAUGGAGGAUACAAACAUGUACUGAUGAAUUCUCAAGGUUUUUCCAGGGAAAGUACAAAAAUAAAAAAGGGGAAUGGAUAUCUUACUAUAAGAAAUCUUCCAUUUGGCCUGAAAUUAGAUGGAUAAUUGGUGCAGUAGAAGAACAUACAAGAUGGAUUGUAGGUGAUGGCAACAAUGUUUCAGUUUGGAAGGAUAUAUGGGUUAAAGAAUUUCCUCUUCAGGAAAUGUUCCCAGACAAUACAUACAUUUUGCAGUUUCCUAAAAUGAAGGUGGCAGAUCUUAUUCUAGAAGGUGAAUGGGUAGUCCCAACUGAAAUUAUGGCAAUGAUAAAUAUUAUGGAAUUACCAACCUUGGGUGGAGGAGCUGAUAAAAGGGUAUGGACUGGAACAAUUACAGGACAAUUCACUGUAAGAUCAGCAGUUGAAGUUGUGAGAUGUAAAUUCCCAGAAAUUCAAUGGUGUAAAAAGGUGUGGCACAACUCAAUUCAUCCCAGCAUAUCCAGAGUUGUUUUUCAUUUUAAAAAUCCAAGAAAGCUUGAAGACAUUUUUCACUUAGCAAAGAACAAGAGUCCAACUAUGCAAGAACUAUGGAUUUUAAGUGCUUUCUGCACAAUGAAGGAGAUCUGGUUUUUGAGAAAUGAAUGUGUAUAUGGAAAUGGAAAAUGUGAUAGUAACAGUUCUAAAAUGAGAAUCAUGAAAAUCAUAAGUGACAGUGAGAUUAGACUGAAGACUCGGAUGUGGAACAACCAAUAUGACUUACAGGUUCACAAAUAUUUUGGAAUGAAGACAAGAAGUGUAAAAACUCUCAAAGUAAUAGAAGUUUUCUUUCAUCUUCCAGACCAAGGGAAGUUAUUGCUCUGUUGUGAUGGAGCAUCUAGAGGCAAUCCAGGUAUAUCUGGUUAUGGAAUUAUUGGAAGAAAUUAUAUGGGAGAUUUCAUCAUUGCAAUUUCAGAAGGCAUUGGAGUGUCUACAAAUUAUUAUGCAGAAAUCUUUGCAAUCCUUAUUGCAGGUGAGUGGGCAGUAAACAAUGGAUUCAUAUACCUUGUUUUCAGAACAGAUUCAAAAUCAGUCCAAUAUGCUUUCACAUACAAUAAGAUUCCUUGGUUUGCUUCUACUAGAUGGGAGAAGAUAUCAUCUGCUGCACAAACUUGGAGCUUUGAACAUAGCUACAGAGAAGCUAAUCCAUCUGCAGAUAAACUAGCCAAAAAAGGUGCUAUUUUGAACUGUGGAGAACAAAGAGUUUAUGUAGAGAAACCAAGCUUCCUGGGCUGUCUUGAAAGCCCAGAUCAAAUUUUCUUUAGAUUUUGUUAA